UUUGUUACUCUGUGAUAUGUGUCCGCUUGAAACGCUGUCGGUAUUUGCUGAUUUAUAAUUUUCAUCCAUCAGUAAAAUAAUUAUUUAUUUUCGUUGGAUACAUUAAUAAGUUUAAGUCAUUAAAAUGGCUAUGCAACCACACAGUAAGAAAAGAGUGUGCUAUUAUUAUGAUAGUGAUAUUGGAAAUUACUAUUAUGGACAAGGUCACCCCAUGAAACCUCAUCGCAUACGCAUGACCCACAAUCUACUUUUGAAUUAUGGCUUGUACCGAAAGAUGGAAAUUUAUAGACCUCAUAAGGCAACAGCUGAUGAGAUGACAAAGUUCCACUCAGAUGACUAUAUUCGUUUCCUGCGCUCCAUCAGACCUGAUAAUAUGUCUGAGUACAAUAAACAAAUGCAGAGGUUCAAUGUUGGAGAGGAUUGUCCAGUUUUUGACGGCUUGUAUGAGUUUUGUCAAUUGUCUGCUGGAGGUUCUGUUGCAGCUGCUGUGAAACUUAAUAAACAGGCAUCAGAAAUUUGCAUCAACUGGGGUGGUGGCCUCCACCAUGCAAAGAAGUCUGAAGCAUCCGGUUUCUGCUAUGUGAAUGACAUUGUACUAGGAAUAUUGGAGUUACUAAAAUAUCAUCAGAGAGUGCUAUACAUCGACAUUGAUGUGCACCAUGGUGAUGGGGUGGAGGAAGCAUUUUACACAACAGAUAGAGUAAUGACAGUCUCCUUCCACAAGUACGGGGAAUAUUUCCCUGGGACAGGUGAUCUUCGCGACAUUGGUGCUGGGAAGGGCAAAUAUUAUGCUGUGAAUAUUCCAUUGCGUGAUGGUAUGGAUGAUGAAUCUUAUGAGUCAAUUUUCGUGCCCAUCAUCUCCAAGGUUAUGGAGACCUUCCAGCCAAGUGCAGUGGUACUGCAAUGCGGCGCCGAUUCACUCACAGGCGACAGAUUGGGCUGUUUCAACUUAACAGUUAGAGGUCACGGCCGUUGUGUGGAGCUAGUCAAGAGAUUUGGUCUACCAUUUCUUCUUGUGGGAGGAGGAGGAUACACGAUCCGAAACGUAUCACGUUGCUGGACGUAUGAGACAUCAGUGGCACUGGGUGUUGAGAUUGCUAACGAGUUGCCUUACAAUGAUUACUUCGAAUACUUCGGCCCGGACUUCAAGCUGCACAUAUCUCCCAGCAAUAUGUCCAAUCAGAACACACCUGAGUACUUGGAGAAGAUUAAAAACAGACUAUUUGAAAAUCUACGAAUGUUGCCGCAUGCACCCGGUGUACAGGUACAAGCCAUUCCCGAAGAUGCGGUAAAUGAUGAAUCAGAGGACGAAGAUAAGAUUGACAAAGAUGAAAGACUGCCACAAAGUGAAAAAGAUAAACGCAUAACGGGCGAUGGUGAGUUGUCGGAUUCCGAGGACGAAGGUGAGGGCGGGCGGCGUGAUAAUCGCUCGUAUCGCGCGCCUCAACGCAAACGACCACGUCUCGACAAGGAUGGCUCCCAAAUUAAGGAUGAAAUCAAAUCUGAAGACAUAAAAGACGAUGUGAAGAAUGUGAGCAGUGUAGAGGAACCGAAAAAGGAAGUGGCACCAAAUCCCUGAUGCGGGCGCUAAGUGAUCAGUGCAUUACACAUGUGUGUUUAGACUAUAACUUUAUGGCAAUACAGUCAUAAAAUAUGUCAGCCAUAAGCUGUUUCUGUGAACUUCCUAUGAAGUUAAAACCAGGUUGCAUUAUUAUUUGAUGUCAAUAACAUUUAAUGUCUUUGUUAGUUAUAAAUACAUUCACUCUCAAAUAUUAAAUGUUGUGAUCACAAUAUUUAAUAUUAUAUGAAUUAAAGUAUACAUGCGAAAUACUUCGAUAUUAUUUACUUUGUAUUUAUCAAAAUGUGUUCAAAUUCACAGUUACCCAAAAAAAUAUUUUUAAUUGGGUAAGAAACCAAGCUUUGUGUUUAGUGAUUUCAUUACAGAUUCUCGUUAACACUUCAGUUAAAUUUAUUAGAAAUAUAAAAAUCCAUACAAUACAUCAAGUAAAUGAACAUAGUCAAUUUCAUAACCUGAAGGUGAACAUGAAGCUUGUAAAAAGACCAAGAUUCCAUUGUGAUAACGUUUCAGGCUGUUUUUAAAAACAUUGACGUGAAAUAAUUCACCACGAAGGUCACUUACGCAGUUCAACUUGAACUUAUCUUCUCCAUUAAUUGUGGAGAAUGAUAACAAUAUCAAAAUUUGUCCCUCAAAUUAAUACUGAAAAACUCCAGAAUCAUGUAUUUUAGUAUGAGUUAGUAAUGUCGGAGCAAUUUAUUGUUGGUGUUAAUUUCAUGAUUCAAUAAAACAUGUUAAAUUGUCGACGUUAUUCCGUAACAUAUAUACACAAAAACAGUCUGAAUGGAGAAGCUUUGUUUUAGAUUUGGUUUAAAGUAUCCGAUCUAGGUAAUUUUCAUAACAAUUUGUUUGUUUAAAAUAUUACAUUGUUUCGAAUGUAAGUAUAUUUAUAAGCCCUGACUGCCUGGCUGUUCCCUGAUAUAACUUAUAAUAUUAUCUUAAACGUAUUAUUUUUCUUAUACCAUGUAGCAUAUAUUUUUGGAAAUAUCCAAUAUAGGACAUACCUGAUCCAAAUGCAGAAUUUUACAGGCACGUAAUAAAUUGAUUAUUAGCCAAUUUAUUUACAAGAUACACGUAUACCAAAUAUAAAAAAAAAGUUAAAAACCGAUUAAGAUUUAUGUAAUUAACACAAAUUACAAAUAUUUAGUUACGAAUUUGUAAUGAUAAAAGAACUGAUAGAGAUUAUUCUUAGUUUAUUUGUUUAAAAAUGGUAGUUUAUUUGUAACGACGCAAUCCAAUACAUUUGUGUAUUUAACAAUAGUAUUAUUAUAUAUAUAACAAUCGUCAGUAAAUUCAAAUGUGAAUUAGUAUAGUUGCAGUCAAUACCACUAUCAUAUUAUUAGUAAAUGGGACGGAGUUAUAAAUAAACGAUAAGGUUAGACUUGCGAAUAUUAUACAUAUUUCCAUACGAUGAAAAUUGUCGAUUUUUGUCACUUAAAUAUAUGUGACUAGUAUCUCAUAUUCAUGACUCCCAAAACACUAAUUUAGGAUGGUCGAAUUUAGAAGUACAGAAUACUUUUAACAUAUUUUUAUAUAGCUUUUCUCCUAUUUUAGAGAUACAUCAUAUUCAA